GCGUGCGAGAAGGGCGAGCAGUGGCAGCGGGCACUGGCGCUGCUCAACGAGAUGCGGGGGGCGAAACUGGGUCCCGACUCUCUCCUACAACGCUGGGAUCAGCGCGUGCGAGAAGGGCGAGCAGUGGCAGCGGGCACUGGCGGUGCUCAGCGAGAUGCGGGAGGCAAAGCUGGAGCCCAACGUCAUCUUCAGCUACAGCGCUGGUAUCAGCGCGUGCGAGAAGGGAGAGCAGUGGCAGCGGGCACUGGCACUGCUCAGCGAGAUACGGAAGGCGAAGCUGGGUCCCGUCGUUAUCUCUCUCUCCUACAACGCUGGGAUCAGCGCGUGCGAGAAGUGCGAGCAGUGGCAGCGGGCCCUGGCGCUGCUCAGCGAGAUGCGGGAGGCGAAGCUGGCGCCAAACGUCAUCUCUACAGCGCGGGGAUCAGCGCGUGCGAGAAGGGCGAGCAGUGGCAGCCGGCCCUGGCGCUGCUCAGCGAGAUGCGGGAGGCGAAGCUGGGGCCCAACGUUAUCUAUUUACAAUGCUGGGAUCAGCGCGUGCGAGAAGGGCGAGCAGUGGCAGCGGGCUCUGGCGCUGCUGAGCGAGAUGCGGGAAGCGAAGCUGGAGCCCGACGCCAUCUUCAGCUACAGCGCUUGGAUCAGCGCGUGCGAGAAAGGCGAGCAGUGACAGCGGGCAUUGGCGCUGCUCAGCGAGAUGCGGAAGGCGAAGCUGGAGCCCGACGUCAUCUGCGCUACGACGCUGGAAUCAGAGCGUGCGGGAAAGGCGAGCAGUGGCAGCGGGCGUUGGCGCUGCUCAGCGAGAUGCGGAAGGCGAAGCUGGGGCCCAACGUCAUCUGUACUGCAAUUCUGGUCAUUGCGCGUGCGAA